GUGAGGCCCACAGUGACAGGAAACACCACAACUCUGUACAAAAACACUACAUCCACUAGAGGGAGUCACACUCUGUUACACCUCAGUGGUUUCUUAUGAUCCAGUUCAGAUUCUUUUUAACUUGAACCUGAACUUUAUAAGAAAGAAUCUCUAAGAAAUUGAUCAGAUGGCCCUGCCCCCUGAAAGCUGACUCAGCCAAUGAGAUGGUUUGUGUCUCCACAGGAAGUAAAAGCAGAAUCAGCUUGAUGGUGAGGAGAAGGUGUGUGCAGCAGAGAGGCUGUUUAGAGGAAGAACAUUGUUCAUCUGUUUUCUGUUUGGCUUCAACAUCUCAAAGACAUGAUGUUUUCCCUCUUUCUGUCUUUAUCUUACUUCAUAGCCAUGGGUUCUAUGAACAGCAUCAAGCCAGAAAGUUCUGAAGAAGUUGUACCAGAAGGAGGAAACAUCAAGCUGAGCUGUAAAUAUGAGGGGAGAAUCUUCAAUAUCCAGUGGUACAAACAACAGCAUCAGAGAUCCAGACCAGAGUUCCUGCUCCUCAUCUCAGAGGAUGGAUCCAUCAGUCCAGAGAUUUCUGGUUUCUCUGCUCAUAUCAACAAAACAGACACACGUGUAGAUCUGGAGAUCAUCUCAGCUGCAGUGACAGACUCUGCUGUUUACUACUGUGCUGUGAAGCCCACAGGUAACAGCUGUGAAGAUGAUAUUACUGCCAACAGAGCUGCAGUGUUUUCAGCAGAAGGUCAAACUGUCUCUCUGUCCUGUAACUACUCAGUGAAAGCUCAGAAUCUCCAGUGGUAUCGACAGGAUCCUGGAUCUGCUCCUCACUAUCUUCUCAUGAUCACUGACACUAAAGAGCCUGAGGUUUUGAAAGCUGCAGCUGUGAACUCUCGACUGACUGCUGAACUGAACCAGGAGAGAAACCAAGUUUAUCUGCAGAUCAUCUCCGCUGCAACUAAAGACGGUCCACCUUCAGCUUGA